AUGCUGUUCUUGCAUCACGUUCUUCUGGCCCCUUCGCUUGUUUCGCUGCUUCUGACGGAAAACGCGGUCGCUGAUGACGCAAGAACUAGAGCACGCGACGCGCUCCAGACUCUUCAAGGCUGGUAUAAUCCCCAAAGUGGCAUUUGGGAUACCUGUGGUUGGUGGGAUGCUGCAAGCUGCAUGAAUACAAUUGCAGAUCUAGCUGCGCUAGACCAAUCAGUUAUGGACACAGCUACAUAUGUCUUUAAUAACACGUUCUACGUGGGGCCGGUGUCCAAUCCAAAUCCCGGACCUGAGCACAAGGCUGUCUAUACUCGCGAUAAUCAACCAUCGACUUUCGUCAAUGCCACCCAGUGGCUCGAUCAAGCUUAUGACGAUGAUGGAUGGUGGGCUCUUGCAUGGAUUGCUGCAUACGAUGUCACAAAACAGGCAAAAUACUUGGAACUGGCCGAAGGAAUUUUUGAAAGUCUAGCAAACGCAUGGGGCACAAAUUGCGGUGGUGGUGGUCUUCGUUGGAAUCCGACCAGUACAUACGUCAACGCAAUUACAAACGAGCUAUUUCUCUCCGUCGCAGCGCACCUGGCAAACCGAGUCCCUGAGAGAAAGCAAUCUUAUGUCCGUUGGGCGCAGAAGGAAUGGGACUGGUUCACGGCCCAGGCCUUUAUCGGUGAAAACGGCACCAUCAAUGAUGGCCUUUUAGACAACUGCCAGAACAAUCGAGAUGCUGUAUGGUCAUACAAUCAAGGUGUUGUCCUCGGUGGGCUGGUUGAAUUGAACAGAGCGGCGCCCAAUAAUACAUAUCUACCAUCGGCCAACAAGAUUGCUAAGGCAGCCAUUGCGACACUCGCCGACACGAACAACGUUGUCCAUGAAUUCUGUGAGCCGCAAUGCCUUCCAGAUGGCACUCAAUUUAAGGGAAUAUUCAUUCGCAACUUACGGAUGUUGCAGGAAGUAUCCCCUCAAGAUAUUUACCAGAAUGUGAUAAGCAGCUGUGCAAACAGCAUCUGGGAUUAUGAUCGUAAUGAAAAGGGACAGUUCGGCGUCAACUGGGCCGGUCCUAUCGAGGCAGUGGUUGAUGCCUCCACACACAGCUCUGCCUUAGAUGCAUUAGUCGCGGCUGUUGCUGCAUUGAGUACCUAG